UAAGAAGAUGGAGGAGAAGAAGAAAGAGAAUAUGCCAUUGUUGUAAUGCUAUGUUCUUCACAGACAUCCAUCCAUCCCUUCUUUCCUUCCUUCCUUUUUUAUAUUUAUUAUAUAAUUAUUCAUUCCCUCUCCUCUCCUCUCCUCGCUCGCUCUCUCUCAGGACUCUGGAAUUUUUGGACUGUUUGGGAGAACCUGAAUCGUGCCAAGUUAGUUUAUGAGAUCUAAUAAGCAGUCAGUUGGCAUAUUGGAUUCCUUCAGAAUGGAGAGGGUUAGAACUAUUUUAACUCAUAGAUAUCCUUACCCCCACGAGCAUUCACGCCAUGCCGUAAUUGCAGUUGUUGUGGGUUGCCUAUUUUUUAUCUCAUCCGACAACAUUCAUACCCUUGUAGAAAAAUUGGACAAGAAUGUUAAAUGGUGGUCUAUGUAUUCUUGUUUGCUUGGUUUUUUCUAUUUCUUUUCGUCUCCAUUUAUUGGGAAGACUAUCAAGCCGAGUUAUUCAAAUUUUAGUCGUUGGUACAUAGCAUGGAUUUUAGUAGCAGCUCUGUAUCAUCUUCCUAGUUUUCAGUCAAUGGGAGUGGACAUGAGGAUGAAUCUAUCAUUGUUUUUGACUAUUUAUGUCUCUUCUAUUUUAUUUCUUCUUGUAUUUCACAUCAUAUUUCUUGGGCUUUGGUACAUUGGUCUAGUUUCACGAGUUGCUGGAAGAAGGCCAGCAAUCUUGACUAUACUUCAAAACUGUGCUGUGCUUAGUAUGGCCUGCUGUGUAUUUUAUAGCCACUGUGGUAACAGUGCUAUUGUAAGAGAGAGACGCCUUGAGCACAAGAACUCCUAUUGGUUCUCUUUCUGGAAAAAGGAAGAGAGAAACACAUGGCUGGCAAAAUUUCUUCGAAUGAAUGAACUGAAAGACCAAGUCUGCUCAUCGUGGUUUGCUCCAGUUGGGUCUGCUAGAGAUUAUCCUCUUUUGUCCAAGUGGGUUAUUUAUGGCGAGUUAGCGUGCAAUGGCUCAUGUGAUGGUUCGUCAGAUGGAAUCUCUCCUAUUUACUCACUAUGGGCCACAUUUAUUGGCCUUUACAUCGCCAAUUAUGUGGUGGAAAGGUCAACAGGGUGGGCUCUUACUCACCCUUUGUCAGUUCAAGAGUAUGAGAAGUUGAAGAAGAAGCAACUGAAGCCUGGUUUUUUAGAUAUGGUUCCCUGGUAUUCAGGAACAUCAGCUGAUUUGUUCAAGACUGUUUUUGAUCUUCUUGUAUCAGUAACUGUCUUUGUUGGCCGUUUUGAUAUGCGAAUGAUGCAAGCAGCAAUGAGCAAGGUCAAUGAUGGAGCUCAACAAGGGGAUCUCUUGUACGAUCAAUUUGGCGAGAAGGAUGACUUAUGGUUUGACUUCAUGGCUGAUACUGGUGAUGGUGGAAACUCAUCUUAUUCAGUUGCUCGUUUGCUUGCUCAGCCUUCCAUUAAUAUCAAUAGAGGUGGUUCAGCACUUAAUCUACCACGUGGCGACUUACUUCUUAUUGGAGGAGAUCUUGCAUAUCCAAAUCCAUCAGCAUUCACAUAUGAAAGGCGCUUAUUUUGUCCUUUUGAGUAUGCUCUCCAGCCUCCUCCAUGGUAUAAAGAAGUACACAUUGCUGUAAAUAAGCCUGAGGUACCUUCCGGCAUGUCUGAACUGAAGGAUUACAAGGGGCCUCAGUGUUUUGUUAUUCCUGGAAACCAUGAUUGGUUUGAUGGACUUCAUACCUUUAUGAGGUAUAUAUGUCAUAAAAGCUGGUUGGGUGGGUGGUUUAUGCCUCAAAAGAAGAGUUAUUUUGCUUUGCAACUUCCAAAAAGAUGGUGGGUAUUUGGUCUUGAUUUGGCACUUCAUGGAGAUAUUGAUGUCUACCAAUUCAAAUUCUUUUCAGAACUGAUAAAGGAAAAGGUUGGAGAUGAUGAUUCUGUGAUCAUUAUGACACAUGAACCGAAUUGGCUUCUUGAUUGGUACUGGAAUGAUGUUUCUGGAAAGAAUGUCUCACACCUGAUUUGUGAUUAUUUGAAAGGAAGGUGUAAACUUCGAAUUUCUGGAGACUUGCAUCAUUAUAUGCGCCAUUCAUUUGUUAAAUCAGAUGGACUGGGGCCUGUCCAUGUGCAACAUUUACUUGUAAAUGGUUGUGGUGGGGCUUUUUUACAUCCCACUCAUGUCUUUGCUAGUUUUAAUAAGUUAUAUGGCACUCCUUAUGACUGCAAGGCUGCUUAUCCUUCUUUUGAAGAUUCAAGCAGGAUUGCUCUGGGAAAUAUUUUGAAGUUUAGAAAGAAGAACUGGCAAUUUGAUUUUAUUGGUGGCAUUAUAUAUUUCGUACUGGCAUUUUCUAUGUUUCCACAGUGUAAACUUGGCCAUAUCUUGCAAGAUGAUUCAUUUUCUGGUCACUUGGGGAGUUUCUUUGGCACGGUGUGGAAUGCUUUCAUAUACAUGCUGGAACGCUCUUAUGUGUCUUUCGCAGGUGCUUUGAUGUUGCUUAUUGCUGCAAUCACAUUUGUUCCCUCCAAAGUAUCCCGAAAGAAGAGGGUAAUGAUUGGCAUUAUUCAUGUCUCUGCACACUUGUCUGCAGCUCUAGUUCUUAUGUUACUGUUGGAACUGGGUGUUGAGACAUGUAUCAGGCACAAUCUGCUGGCCACUUCAGGUUAUCACACUUUAUAUCAGUGGUACCAAACUGUGGAGAGUGAGCACUUUCCAGAUCCAACUGGUCUUCGAGCUCGUAUAGAACAAUGGACCUUCGGUCUUUAUCCAGCAUGUAUUAAGUAUCUUAUGUCUGCAUUUGAUGUUCCAGAGGUAAUGGCUGUCACCCGAAGCAGCAUUUGUAAGAAUGGGAUGGAGUCUCUCUCCAGAGGAGGUGCUGUCAUAUAUUAUGCUUCUGUCUUUCUUUAUUUCUGGGUGUUUUCAACACCAAUCGUAUCCUUGGUAUUCGGUAGCUACUUGUACAUCUGCAUCAAUUGGCUUCACAUACACUUUGAUGAAGCCUUCUCCUCACUCCGCAUUGCAAAUUAUAAGGCAUUCACUCGAUUCCACAUAACUAAAGAUGGUGAUCUCGAGGUUUAUACUCUUGCAGUGGAUAAGGUUCCAAAAGAAUGGAAGCUGGACCCGGACUGGGACGGAGAGCCAAAGCAGCCACAGCAGCAGAGCCACUGUAGAAAAUUUCCAAGCAAAUGGAGUGCCGCUAUUCCUCUUCAGGACCCUAUUCAUACUGUUAAGAUUGUUGAUCACUUUGUUAUUAAACAAACAGAUGAUUCUAGUUCAACAGCCAGUAAUGGGUCAGUUGCUCACUGACUCGGUUCUCCAAUUUGUAUGAUUAGUGUAGUUUCCUUGAUUUAGGAAGUAAUAGAAUGGAAAAAAAACAAUAGUGUUAUUCCACUUGACUAGUAGCCUGCAUAGUAAGGACCCAGGGUGGUAGUUUUAACAAAGUAUAGAAGUAAAGCAUUGAAGGUUUUUUUUUUCUUGUCCAGGGGAGUAAAGCAUAUAAUUUAUUUGUCACUGUUGGUGAUGGUUCACCACAUUAGUAGAAGUGAAAUAACUAAUUUAUACGCAAAUCUAUUCAAACGAGUCUCUGGAAAUGAUCAAAGUAGGAAAUUUUUGGCAUUGAA